GGCCCCAUGUUUUUUGUUUCAACACAGUAUCGAUCCCGCGGACGCUUCUUUUUCCUCCAACUUAUUUUUUUUUUCUGGUAAAAAACGUCUCUUACCAAUUCGGUGCAUGUAAUCUCGAGCACAGAGGUACUUUAUAUAAAUUACGAAUCCCGACGAAGCCAACAAUUAUUCCCGGUUCUUACCAAAUUUUGUUUCUCCCCCAAUCUGCAGAUUUUUCCGUUUAAUUCUUACCGAGUUGACCUCAACACGAAUAUGCUGAAAAAUAUGAGGGGAUCCGAAACAAGGAACCAAGAAGAUCCAACUUUUCAAGCACUGCAGGCGAAUAUACAAUCCUCCGUCACGGAUUUAUCACUUUUAAUCUACACCUACUCACUCCUCGUCUCAAGUACUCGAAAUCGGAUAACUCAUGGAACUUAAGGGUCUCACCGACAAUAUUUAUAUAUACAUGUCUGUGUGCACCUCCGUGAACCCUGCGAACCGGAGCAAGUACGUUAUAUAAUAAUGAUACAUACGCGGUAAUCGCGUGUGAGUGUACGCGAUCAUAAAGAUUGGUAAGGAGACCUCUCUCGUCGAGAUCUCAGUGGUCACUCGAAUACGAAGGGUCGUACAGGUACGAUGGAGCAGAGUCUUCGAAACCGAGGGAUCUCUUCAUGGAUCAUGCUCAUGUGUCCAAUUACGAAAUUCGAUUUUGAUAUGGAACAAGUUUUUUACCAAAUAGGCGUAAGCAUAGGCAGAAAACCGUGGUUAUGGUUAUUAGCAUCGCUUUGCGUGAGUUGCGUAUUUGGACCAGGAAUGCUAUUGUGGCGUGAAGAAAUCGAUGACGUGGAACUCUUCAUGCCAUCGGAUUCGAUCGUACGAUUGGACGCAGCCUGGGUUAAAAAACAUUUCGGGGAUGAUCUCAGAUACGAAAGUAUCAUCGUUACUGCUCCUAACGUACUCGAGCCUGAAGUUCUCCAAAAGAUAUCGGAGAUAGAGGACUCGGUGAAGAGAAUCGUUGUGAACAAUAAUACGUGGCAAGAUGUGUGUGCGGGUUACCUAACCUGGUUCCAAGAUCACACUUUGUCCAUGAGCGAAGGGGACAUGGAAUACGUCAAUAAAAUGGUAGAAAAAUUAAACAGAACGACACUCGACGACGACUGCAUUUAUCAAUCGCUGUUAAAAUUGUGGAGAAGUAAAGGUACGAAUGAUUUCACCGAAAUUACGAAGCAACAAGUGCUCGAUGAUGUCUCUCGAGCACUCAACGACACAGCUUCGAACGACACUUUGCUGAUGGACGUAGCACCUCUUCUGUCGAGGAUAAGCUACGACUCAAAAGGUAGAGUCAACGGCGCGAAAGCGACGAUAUUACAUUGGAUAAUGAGGAGAUCGAACGAGAAUUUACCGGAUUGGGAAUUGGAGUUCAUCGAACGGGUGUUGAAACCGAACGCGACAUUGCCGGAGGGCAUGAGAAUUUACGCGGUAACAUCGAGAAGCUUCAAGGACUUCCUUCACGAGGUGUUGCAGAACAAUAUGACGGUGUUAUUUUGCGGUCUGUCGCUGAUAGCGAUAUACGUGAUGGCGAUGAUCGGUCGUUGCAACGUCGUGCAGCAAAGGAUAUAUUUGUCGUUGAUGGGUGUUUCGGUGGUCGGACAAGCGAUUUUAUCGGCUUACGGUCUCUCCUAUUAUCUUGGUUUUUUUUACGGUCCGAUUCAUCCGAUUCUGCCAUUUUUGUUGCUCGGUAUCGGGGUCGACGACAUGUUCGUCGUUGUACAAAGUUUGGAGAAUAUUUCGACCUCGAAAAAAGUUGAUAAGGAGGAAAUACCGAAACGCAUCGGCGAAGCUCUCCGCCAAUCGGGAAUGUCUAUAACGGUGACCUCGAUAACGAACAUCGUCGCGUUCGCAAUCGGCGUCUCAACGGUCAUGCCCUUCCUCAAGUCAUUCUGCGUGUUCGCAACAAUGGGAAUAUUAUUUUUGUACGUUUUUGAAAUAAUGUUUUUCGUCAGCUGUCUCGUACUGGACGAGCGUCGUCUCGUUCUCAUAAAAGACGGUUGUCUCUGCCGCCGUAAAUCCGAUUUCAUUCCCAACGACUGCAGCCAACGCAACACUCAGCGUCUCGUUUUCGAGAAAUUUUUCGGUCCCCUCGUCAUGAAAAAACGCACGAAAAGCCUCGUCCUGCUACUCACGCUCUCUUUCCUAGCGGUCAACAUCUGGGGCAUCUUUCAUCUGGAACAAAACUUUGAUCCACUCUGGUAUCUUAAUCAAGACUCUUAUCCCAUCAAAUUCAAUGAUAAACUCGUUCAAUAUUUUCCCAAAUAUGGCAAAAGAGCGGCUAUUUAUCUUUCUGGUGUAGAUUACUACGAAGAUUCUCAAGCUCUCAAAAAUCUUGUCGAUAAACUCCGACAAAAUCCUUACGUCAAUAACCGCACUCUCGAGCCUUGGUUCACCGCUUAUGAGACGUGGCUUCGAACCUCCGGGCACGCUGUCGAAAGUAAGGACGAAUAUUACGGAUAUCUGUCGGAAUAUCUAUUCGUCACUAAAGAGGGACAAUCCUAUGUUCAAGACGUCAAGUUCAACAAAGUUCCCAUCGCGGAUUAUAAUAUUACGAUCUCGAAGAUACAGAUUCAACAUGUUCUGAUCAAUAAUACGAGUGAUCAGAUUCGUGCAAUGCAUUCUGUUAGAGAAAUCCUCGGGAACGUCAAUUUUUCUCGGGGGAUCGAAAACGUCGCCGUUUUUUCUCAGGAUUACGUCUCUUGGACUGCAAAUCUGAUAAUUGGCGAGGAAUUAAUUCACAACUUGAGCCUGGAGAUAUUAGCGGUCGGAUUGGUGACGAUAAUAAUAUUGAGAAACCUUCAAGCAUCAAUUUGGGUUAUAUGUUGCGUUCUAUUCACCCUUAUCGAUCUUCUCGGCUCAAUGUACUAUCUCAGCUUAACGAUAGAAAUUUCCUCGAGUAUAAUGAUUCUAUUGUGCGCCGGAUUAGCCGUCGAUUAUGCGGCUCACAUAGGUCUUGAGUUUUCACGAGCCUCGGGCACUAAAGAUGAACGUUCGAUAAAGACACUAGGAGUAAUUGGACCGGCGGUAUUCAAUGGUGGUCUAAGUACUUUUUUGGCAUUCGUUUUAAUGGGUGCCAGUGAUGCUUAUUUAUUUAGUACUUUUUUCAAGUUAUUCACGUCGGUCGUCGUGUUUGGCUUGUUUCACGGGCUGGUAUUUUUACCCGUUAUUUUGAGCCUGUAUGGGCCAAAUCAGAAGAAGAAAAAGGAAUUAGAGACGAAGCAGGACGACGAAAAGAGAAAUUGUGAUCGAGAUCAGAAUGGGUUUACGACCGUGCAUUUGCCGCCGGUUUGUCCAGAUCUCGUCAUCAAACCGACUGCAAAAUGACAAAGACUGCUUAAGGUAAGAGUCGCGCGACUCUAUGGUCAAAUGACUAUUUAUUAAUCGUCGAAAUAAAAUAGGUUAUAAGAAAGGUUUUCUGUAUUGAAUAAAUCUUGGGGCAAUUUUAACUGUAUUCGUAUAAAUUUA